CUCACUGCUUCUCUGUUGUUAGAUGUUUAUUAUGUGUUCCAACAGAAAACAUACCAAACCAUGUUUUGUAGUCACGGAAUGCGUGUGCUUGACCUGACGCGUGCCCUUGCUUUCCUCCCUGUCUUGAGGCGUAGGUCAAGCUUGAGAACAAGAAACACCUAUAGCCCCUAGCGACGGGCCAGGGUGAGUUGGCUUGAAAGAAUGAACAAAAUCGAUUCUCCAAGCCACUGCUGGGGCAGCUCAAGCAACCUUAACCUCUGGCUCACUCUUCCAAGCAACCCAUGCAGCUAUGCUAAGCUCCCCAGCUGGUUCUUCUUCCCCCAUGUCCUCGUCACCGUCUCAUCUUCCUCCCUAUUCAUCAUUGCUCCUGUGGUUCUACCUCCACGGUCCUCUGCCCAACAAUGGCGUCGUGCGCGGCGGAGACCGGCCUGGUGGCCAUGGACUGCCUGGUGGUGUGCUGCUGCUGCCCGUGCCUGGUGCUGCAGGUCACUGUCUUCCUCUUCGUCAGGCUGCCCAAGAGAGUGGUCGUCAAGACCAAGCGGAUCAUCCUGAGGAGAUGGCACAGGAGGAGGCCGUCGUCGCCGAUGGCGGCGUCCAAGGGAGGAGCUGGCUGCGCGGCCGCAGCAGCAGGCUUGAAGCUGGAGGAGCUGCUGGACCUGGACGACGGUUUUGAGGCCGCGUUUGGGAUCCGAGACGGCGGCGCCGAUGGCUGGAAAGAGAGGUGUUUCGCCGUCGACGGCAACGACGACCAUGACGGCGUGUGGGAGGCGAUCAUCGAGCAGGAAGGGCUCUUCUGGUUCGGGAGCUUCUGGGGCCGGCCGGAGCAGGAGGGGCCAGCUGCUGGAGGUGACGAUCAGAUGGGAGGAAGAAGCUUCAGGUUGCCUGUGAGCUUAGAGAGAGUGUGUGAGUAGCUAGGCUAAACGGUUUGAUUCACACGACGAUGUAAAUAUGAGGCUUUUUAAGCCAAAAGGAUUGCAGUCAAGUAUGUUCACGGCAGAAACUCAAAGAAUGUUCAGAGCAAAAUCGAGAUGUAAAUUCAAAUUCAUCCGAAAAAUCGGGGUUCCUUCCAGUGAAGCAGCGGGGUGUCCGGUUGCUGCGGUCGUUUGGCGGUCACCCGGUCAAUCAGCUGAGAAUCCGGUUAUCAAUCACCUUCAAAGCCUCCUGUUCGUGAAAAAAAAAGCCUUCCAGUUUAUGAAAAUACGUCGCAAGCAUCACAUGUCUCUGCGAAAUGGGUUUAACAGCUUACCCGCUCGCACACAAAUUUCAAAAUACAUGAAGCAUCUUAAAUAUGUUGGAUACAUGUCUGCCUAACUUUUGCUGGAGGAUGUCAUCAUUAUUCACAUCAGCAGAAAGGAUUCAGUUGCUCGGAAUUUUCAC